CCGCUCGUGUUCACGCGCGUCCGGACCGACCCACAGAAGAUCUUCAUCAUCAUCUUCAUCAUCAUCAUCAGGAGCGAUGGAUCAGUAUGAGGUGGUUCGGCAGGUCGGUCAGGGCGCGUUCGGGCGCGCGCUGCUGGUCAAACAGCGACACGGAGACGCGCAGCUCUACGUCAUCAAAGAGAUCAACCUGAGACAGCAGUUGUCCUCUCGGGACAAAGACGCCUCCAGAAAGGAAGUGACUCUGCUGUCCAAAAUGAAACAUCCAAACAUUGUGGCGUUUUAUAAAUCAUUUCACGACAGGAACAACCUGUACAUCCUGAUGGAAUACUGUGACGCUGGUGAUCUGAUGAACAGAAUCCGGAUGCAGAGAGGAAAACCCUUCACAGAGCAGCAGAUCGUGGACUGGUUUGUUCAGAUCUGUCUGGGACUGAAACACAUUCACGACAGGAAGAUCCUGCACAGAGACAUCAAAGCUCAGAACAUCUUCCUCACUCAAGGAGGACUGAAGGUCAAGCUGGGAGACUUUGGCAUCGCCAGAAUGCUGAACAGCACCAUGGAGCUGGCCAGAACCUGCGUGGGGACGCCGUACUAUCUGUCUCCAGAGAUCUGUGAGAACAGACCCUACAACAACAAAACGGAUAUGUGGUCUUUGGGCUGUGUUCUCUAUGAGCUCUGCACACUCAGACACCCAUUUGAGGGCAGUAAUCUGAGGCAGCUGGUGUUGAGGAUCUGUAGGGGGCGCUAUAGUCCCGUGUCUCAGCGCUACAGCUCUGACCUGCGUCUGCUGCUCCAGCAGCUGUUUAAGGUCAGUCCACGAGACCGUCCGUCCGCAAACUCGCUGCUCAAACGACCGAUGCUGCAGCAGCAGAUCAGCAAACACCUGGACGCACAGUUGUUGGAGGAUGAGUUCAGUCACACGGUUCUUCACAGACACACACCAGCGGCGCCUAAAACCACAAACAACACAGAUCAUGUUUCCAGAGAUCCAGUCGUGUGUAAACCGAUCCUCAGACCCGCUGUCAAACCAGAACAGAGACUCGAUCACAGACGAGCGGGAGCAAACGCCCCGCACAGAAAGCCUGAUGUUCCUGCGGUUGAAAAGCGGGUUGCGUUCAGACCUGGUGUUGUUCACGAGCGGCGGUGGAUGAGUCCGGUUGAGCCGCCGCAGGAACCGGAUCAUGACGAGCACAGACCCGCUGAUCUGGAGCCGUACAGACUUGUAGCAGCGGCGAGAGACGAGUAUCUUCAGAGGAGACGUGAAGCCCAUCAGUACAAACUCAGGGCUCAGAAACAACUGGGUCUCAGACCGUCUACAGCAGACGCUGACCGCCGUCAAUCAAACCCACAGGAGCAUCAUGGGAACGUCAGAGCGGCUCAGGACAGGAGACUGCAGGGACAGGAGGAGUACCUGAAGCAGCUGCAGCGAAUCAGAGAGCAGUAUCACCAUGAUGUCAGACAGAUGAGGAUGAGAGCAGAGCUCGAGGAGCGUGUGAUGGCAGGAACACACGUACUGAAGAAGAACAGAGAGCGACGGACACACGGGAAACAGCAGCAGAGAGGAAUCAUGUUUGAGAUCAAGCUGAGCGAUGAAGAGACGCCGCAGAACGCAGACAUCAAGAAUGAGGAAGACGAGGAGUCAGAGGAUGAACCCUUGAACAACACACUGACAUUUGCACAAGGAGGAAACCUACGCAACCAACCACACAGGUCAGAGGCAAGACAGGAAGUGGAGGAGGAAGUGGUGAAGAGAGCUGAGUGGCAUCGAGAGAAAGCUGAGACAUUACUGAACGCUCUGGAGAACAUGGAUGUGAUGACAGAGAGCAGCAUCAGUCACACUCAGACCGUUUCAGAGGAGCAGGAUGGAGGAAACAGGAAGCACUGGACGGAUCGUCUGCCGGAGACGCUGCUGAACGCCCUCGCUCAAGCAAACAUCAUGGACUGCAGUACAGAGACGCUGAUGUCGUCAGAGGAGAAGCGUCUCGCAGAGGAUGAGUGUGAUGAAGAUGAUGAUGUGGAGGUGGAUGAGGAGCGUCUGGAGCCUCGAUCGGAUGAUGAAGACACGAACUUUGAGGAGUCUGAGGACGAGCUGCGGGAGGAGGUGUCCGACUCUAUGAGGAACCUCCUCACCACGCAGGAGCUGCAGGAGGAGCAGGAGGAGCACGCAGCUACUGAUGGACAGGAGGAGGUUUCUGACUCCAUGAGGAACCUCCUCAUCUCACGGGAGCAGCAGGAGGAGCAGACACAAGAAACACAGGAGGAGGUGAAGAAAAGAUCAGAGGAGGAGUGUGAGGAGACGCAGCCGCCCGCAUCAAUCACUGCACAUCACGAGUCUGAGGAAAACACGGCAGUGAACUGAUCCUGCUUCGGUUCUUCAUCUCCUUUUCAUUCUCUCUCUUUCAGUUUUGCAUCAAGGAAUAAAAUUACAAUAGAAAAUAAUUUUGUCUAAUAAUAUUUUACAGCUCCUUCUGUAUUUUUUUUUGUUCUCUGUAAUUUGUAAUCACCCUAUAAUUUGGCUCCAAAUCUGUUUUCCCUAAUUAAAAAAAAAAAUCGAUAAAAUCAUAAAUUACAGCUACAAAAUUGUAGCUUUUUCCUGCUGCUGACUGUAUUUAGGCUUCAAAAUGUGUUCAUUUGUGAAGAUAAUCAUGAUGAACAAAACAUGUAAGAAUCUUUCAUAUAAGAUCUGAGGAAAACACGGCAGUGAACUGAUCCUGCUUCAGUCCUUCAUCUCUUUUCAUUCUCUCUUAUUUCAGCUUUGCAUCAAGGAAUAAAUUACAAUAGAAAAUCAUUUUGUGUAAUAAUAUUUUAUAGCCUUUUCUGUAUUUUUGCAUGAAGUGAUUUCUUUAGGGUUUUUUUUUUCAUUUGUUCAGCUUUAUUAAUUAAUUGUGCUCUGCACAAAAAAAAAAAAAAAUUGACUUUUUAGUGUUGAGAUGUUUUAACAGAGACUCUCUUUGAAAGUCCUGAAGUUACUGAGUGGAUUUGAUUCAUUUUUUGCUUGGAAUUGGUUUAGUCAUCAUGUUCAUUCACAUCAUCACUCAUAAAUGUUCACUGAAUGCCGACAGGUGUCAUUUUUCAUAUAUUAAAAUCUUUCUUGUGCAUCACUGUUGUAACAUUGUUAUAAAUUAUGAAAUAUGAUUCUUGUUCAUUUUAGUGAAAUAAUGUGUGAAAACAUGCCUUGAUUAUUUGCCCUAAAUUUGACUAUUUUAGUUUUCACCUGAAACAUUUUGUAUCUAUUCGACUGUAAUGACUGAGUAAAUAUUUUUUAAAUAAUUUCUGAAAAAAUAGCAUAACAUUUUAUUUUCCUUUUAUUUUUUGUGAAGUUUAUCGCAUUGUAUAAAGCACUAAAUAAACUGAAGAUUUGCAUAC